AUGAAGUAUUACGAAAACCGUAGCCUUCUCCUUCACGCAACCAUCCUCUUCACACAGCAUUCCCCUUUAUACAGCAUACCCCUUCACGCAGCCUUCCCCUUCAGACAGCCUUCCCCUUUAUACAGCAUACCCCUUCACGCAGCCUUCCCCUUCACACAGCCUCCCCCUCACACAGCAUUCCCCUUCACACAGCCUUCCCCUUCACACAGCAUUCCCCUUCACACAGCCUCCCCCUUUAUACAGUAUUUCCCUUCACACAGCCUCCCUCUUAUUACAGUAUUCCCCUUCACACAGCCUCCCCCUCACACAGAAUUGCCCUUCACACAGCCUCCCCCUCACACUGCAUUCCCCUUCACACAGCCCCCCCCCCUCUUUUACACAGCUUUCCCCUUCACGAAGCCUCCCCUUCACACAGCCUCCCCUUCACACAGGUUUCCCCUUCACGAAGCCUCCCCUUCACGAAGCCUCCCCUUCUCACAGCCUUCCCAUUCACACAGCAUUCCCCUUCAUACAGCCUUCACCUUCACACAGUCUCCCCCUUCCCGGCACUGA